UCAGUUCGUCCGUCAGUCCGUCGGUCCGUCAGUCCGUCUGUCGGUCAGUCCGAGCGUGAGCGGGGCCGGGAGGAGGCGCGGGAGGCCGGGAGCUGGCCGAGGCGGGCUGUCUGCGGCCCCGGGCCGAGGCCGAGCUUCAGGAGCUUCAGUGACUCGUGUGCUUCCAAGACACUUUGGCCCUCAUCAUCUCAAGCCUGGACUGUUGUGGCAGCCUCCUGGUGGCUCCACCUGCCUCAAGGCCCCAUCCUUCUUCAGCUUGGCAGCCCCUGCUUCCAGAGCUCCCCAUGUGGUCGGGUCACCAGACCCACAAAGCCUUUUCCCAGACCUCAUGGCUUUGAUGGGCUGUUUCAACAAUCCGGCUAGCAGCUGUUGUGGGGAGUUGAACUCCUGGCGCCUGUGAUUCUAAGCCUCAGCCUUCGGGGGUUCUUCCUCGGUUUUUGAAGACAUGUCUGUCACAUAUGAUGAUUCUGUUGGCCUAGAAGUUUCCAGUGAUAGCUUCUGGGAGGUUGGAAACUACAAGCGAACAGUCAAGAGAAUCGAUGACGGCCACCGGCUCUGCAAUGACCUCAUGAACUGUAUCCACGAGCGGGCACGCAUAGAGAAGGCCUAUGCACAGCAGCUCACGGAGUGGGCCAAGCGAUGGAAGCAGCUCGUGGAAAAAGGUCCACAAUAUGGGACUGUCGAAAAGGCCUGGAACGCUGUCAUGUCUGAGGCGGAGAAGGUGAGCGAGCUGCAUCUCGAGGUGAAGGCCUCCUUGAUGAACGAGGACUUUGAGAAGAUCAAGAAUUGGCAGAAGGAGGCCUUUCAUAAGCAGAUGAUGGGGGGCUUCAAGGAGACCCGAGAGGCAGAGGAUGGAUUCAGGAAGGCCCAGAAGCCCUGGGCAAAGAAGCUCAAGGAGGUGGAGGCAUCCAAGAAAGCAUACCACGCCGCCUGCAAAGAGGAGAAGCUGGCCGUGUCCCGGGAGACCAACAGCAAAGCAGACCCUGCCCUCAACCCGGAGCAGCUCAAGAAACUCCAGGACAAAGUGGAGAAAUGCAAGCAGGACGUGCUGAAGACCAAGGAGAAGUAUGAGAAAUCCCUGAAGGAGCUGGACCAAGCAACCCCUCAGUACAUGGAGAACAUGGAGCAAGUGUUUGAACAGUGUCAGCAGUUUGAGGAAAAACGCCUGCGUUUCUUCCGGGAGGUGUUGCUGGAGGUUCAGAAGCAUCUCGACCUGUCUAACAUUCCCAGCUACAAGAACAUCUACAGAGAGCUGGAGCAGAGCAUCCAGGCAGCAGAUGCCGUGGAGGACCUGCGGUGGUUCCGAGCCAACCACGGGCCUGGCAUGUCCAUGAAUUGGCCCCAGUUUGAGGAAUGGUCUGCAGAUCUGAAUCGGACGCUGAGUAGGCGUGAGAAGAAGAAGGCAGAUGGUGUGACUCUGACGGGCAUCAGCCAGACAGGCGACCAGGCCUUGCCCAACAAGCACAGCAGUAACCUUAGUGUCCAGAGUGACACAGUGCAGUCAGUACAAUCCCAGUCAAGUUACAACCCCUUUGAGGACGAGGACGACACGGAGAGCACUGUCAGUGACAAGGAGGACAAUAAGCGGAAAAAUGUCAGCAGCUAUGAGAAAACCCAGAGUUACCCUACUGAGUGGUCUGAUGAAGAGGCCAAUAAUCCAUUCUCCUCCACGGAUGCGAAUGGGGAUUCCAAUCCAUUCGAUGAAGACGCCACCUCUGCAACCGAGGUGCGGGUACGAGCCCUCUAUGACUAUGAAGGCCAGGAACACGAUGAGCUCAGUUUCAAGGCCGGAGAUGAGCUGACCAAAAUCGAGGAUGAAGACGAACAAGGCUGGUGCAAAGGACGUUUGGACAACGGCCAAGUGGGCUUGUACCCAGCUAAUUACGUGGAAGCAAUUCAGUGAGCCUGGAGGAAGCUGCCCCCCCGACGUGCUGCAUUCACUGUGGGCCCCUGGACAGAUGUGUGUGUGUGUGUGUGUGUGUCUGUGUGUGUGUGUUUCUGUGUGUGUGUGUGUGUGUCUGUGUGUGUGUGUGUACUGGUGUCAACAGACACGCACGUGGUGUCAAGAAUGUACAUAAUCCUUUUCAUGUCCAGGAUGAUGGGCUUCAGGGGCAUGUGCCCUUGGAGACAGACGAGUUGGUCACGUCACUUGGGGUUUGUGAAACCCUCUUCCUAACGCAGAUCUGGAGGUCUGAGUGUGAAAGGCAGUACAACCAAGAAAUACCCAGAGUCCUUUUCUCCCUGGCUAGCUUUCUUAUCAUGGAUCUGAGUAACCCUUCCCACAUCUUUCUCUCUUUUCUUCCUCCAAUUAAAUGGUGGGUUCAGCUGAUUUUUUUUUGUUUAAUUGAUUAUUUUCCAGUGUCAUUUGCAUCUCAAAUUAAAAACCUACAGUUCAUUUUCUUAGUGACACUUUUGAGAUUUGUUUUAUUUCCAGGCUCUGUACAGUCAUUUUUUUAUACACUUUUUGUUCUCCUGUUCACUUCUCCUUAAAUUAUGGCGCCAGUCUCUGCACGCUGAUUUCAAGCCGAUGGGGGCUGCCUCCGUGCGUGUUGUGCUGCUUCAGAGCGGCUGUAGGUGUGGUGACAUCUGUUGUGGUGGAUCAUGGGAAGAUCGGAAAAUAGUACGUUUGCCUCUCUGUCAUGAAUGCCCUUGAUACAUUUUUGGCAUUUAAGUGUGAGUUUCCAAAAUAGUCUUAAGUAGCACUCAAAAAUUCAGAAUAUUUCAGAGCUAUUUCCUCUAUGGGAUUGCUUCAGACUCCUCUCUUUGCAAAUUGAUCAACACUUUUGUCAGUGAUUUGGAAGCUUAAAAGGAUGAAGACUAACUUUUCCAGGAAAUGCACUUGUAAAAUCACUUAAGAAGCUUUUUAUUAGCCUCUCUGUCAUGCCUCAGUGUAUAUGUGUAUAUAUAAUUUGAUAUUCAGAGAAUCUAAAGAGCAUGUCUACUGUUUUAAAAUUAGCCGAAAGACUUUUGUGGAUCUGAUUUUGAGACUGCUUGAUGACUAUUAAAUUAAGGCAUAUUUAAAUAUGCUUGGUGGAUCCCUAAGCAUUACACCCUACUGUAGUGGAUGUUGCUUCUGAGCACACCCCCAAAAGGAGGGAGCAGCGGAAUCCAGCAAUCGGUUGGGGCUUCCGCUGUAGAUUAUCAACAGUCCCUCUGUGGGUUCUCGUAGCAGAACACUGUAAAAACUUGCUCCAUCUUGUUAACGGUUACAGAGUACACUUGUAUGUAAUGUUGUACCAAAUUGUCCAUUUGUGAUCAAUGGAAAACUAGGUCUUCCCUAUAGCCAAGGAGUCUGUCAUUGUCAGGUAAGUUGCCGUGUUCCUGCGUAGGAAGCCGCGCUGGCAUUACUUUCAGGGGGGAGUGGGGGGUGGGGAGAGAAAGUCUUUAUUUUGUGUAACUAAAAUACUGCAGGCAUUGCUUAGCUAUACCCUUUGCUUUAGGAGAUCAUAGGUUAUAUAUUCAUGGAACAUUUCCCAUGAGUCUGUUUGCUUGGAGUGGAUGUGUCUGUCAUGGAAACUCACCAUCAUAAUUAUUCAUCAGCAAGCUAAAGAUUUGCCAAAAAAUUGUCAAAGCCUCAGUUUUAGAGUCUCUUUGAAAUGCGUAUUUUAGAAAACCAAUAAACUAUUAAUCUCGAGA